UUUCUUUCUUUCUUUCUUUCUUCCAAAGCAGUCUCCUCCUCUUGCUUCCAGACUGGCUGGGAAUCAUGGGCCCUGCAGUCCAAACCUGUUGCUCCUUCUCCCAGACAAAGAGGCUGAAAAACAGUUUUUAAUCCCAGAGCUGUAACCAUAUGAAAUACCACUGUAUAAAGUGCAACGUUGACGUGCAACCUCAGCGCAAGGCAGGGUGAAUAGAAUGCGAAGGGUGUGUGUAUAUAACGCGUGUUCUAAUGUGUGGUUUUGACGUGUGUGUAGGGCGCACUGUGGAAAGCCCUUAAAUUUCGUUGUGAGUUACACAAGGGCAAUAGAGAUCUAUUCUAUUCUGUUCUAUUCUACAGCAGGCCUGGUGGUUGCUAGGAUGCACCCGUUGCCUAGCAACCCUGCUGUGGCUGCGGUUGCCAGGAGCUGGAGGGAACUACCACUCCCACAAUGCCUAGCCUGAGAUGGCGGGGGGGGGGGAGGCUGAGGUUGCCAUGGCUGCCCCUGCAAACAAUAUGGCCGCCCCCAGCCCUGCUGGCUAGCAAGGAGCAGAGGCACCAUGGCCCACGGAGACCUGGAUGAGGAGAGCCUGAACGAGCUCUACACCUGGGUGGACGCCAUUCCUCUCUCCCGGCCAAAGAGGAACAUCACCCGCGACUUCAGUGAUGGAGUUCUGGUUGCCGAGGUGGUGAAGUUUUAUUUUCCCAAAAUGGUGGAAAUGCACAAUUACGCUCCAGCUAAUUCCACACAACAGAAGCUCUCCAACUGGGGACACCUGAACAGGAAAGUGUUGAGCAAAUUGAAUUUUUCCAUCCCGGAGGACGUUGUCCGGAAGAUUGCCCAGUGCACCCCAGGAGUGGUGGAGUUGGUGCUGAUCCCGUUGAGGCAGAAGAUUGAGGAGAAGCAGAAGCAAGCUAAGAUGUCCACCAGCUCUUACCAGGGCCGGCCACCAACUCCUCUGGGCUGCUGCAGCCUUUGCUCCUUCCCGACUCCGUUGCCCCAGGACCUGGGCAUGCGCGCCAUUGUGGAAGAGAACAGCUACAUGGAGACAGGCUACACGUCAAAGUCCAAACCCGACAGCACCGGGGUUUACACCAAGGACUCUCCUGGCUCGGAAGGGGGGCCCAAGGCACAGCCGGGCUACCUGGCGCCGCUGCAAACCAACGCCCACCUGCGCCUGCACCUGGCCGAGCGGGAACAGGCCCUGCUGGCUUCCCAGGAGACCAUCCAGAUUCUGCAGAUGAAAAUCCGCAGGCUGGAACACCUGCUCCAUCUGAAGAACGUCCGGAUCGAUGACCUCAGCCGGCGCCUGCAGCAAGCGGAGCCCAAGCGGAAGUGAAGACCCCUCCCUCCCAGCUGUGCUUCUCCAAGCGGGAGUGAAACACACACACAAACACACCCACACACACCCCGUCCCAGCUGUGGUUCUCCCUGCAGAGGCUCCCUCCGUCCUUCGAGCGCCCACCGCUUUGCUUUGCGGCCCUCCAGCAUGGCUGAGAUGUUGGAAGCCGAAGGUCUUCCGGCUUGGGAAGGGCAAAGUUUGGUCCAGCCGGCGGCCCCAAAACCCGAGUCUUGGGGAGACCCUUCCCAGAGGAAAGAAGGCCUGGGUGACGUGGAGACAUUCAGACACUUUCUCCAGAAGAGCCCAGGAGAAGCCGGGCCCCUCCAGCCCCCCACCCACCCCGUCUCCGGGCACCCUCAUGUCUGUCUCCUGGAGUUGCAGGAGACCCCAGGAAAAGUUCUCCUGCUUGGAUCUGUAGGCAGCCAGGGAAGGAGCCCGCGAUAACAGUGGAUACGGACUUUCUGGCCUUGCAGAAGAAUAUCGGGAACAGAAGAAUCCUUUAGCCAGGAUUGCCCCAGAUUUGGCUCUGUUGGGAGGUCAGAAGUUGGCUUGGAGCCUCCUCCUCUUCCUCCUCCUCCUCUUCUUCUUCUGAAGCUCAAGCCAUCGUAGCUGCUGUUCUCCUUGCUGAUGACUCCAGAAGAGAGAAGAACCCACCAGCAUGGCUGCGGAUAGACUUAUGGACAGCCAGGAGGACAACCGAGUUGGUCCUACCCAAGAUGAAGUCUUGAGCUCCAUGUAAGGGAGGAAAACCCUGGGGGAGAGAGAGAGAGAGAGAGAGAGAGAUGUGUGUUUGUGUGGAGGAGAGGUAUUCUGUUCUCCCUAGGAAAUGCACAAUCCAGCUAAUAGAAUGUCCUUCUCCAGUGGGUUGAGGUCCUUCUACUGUUCCAGAUUGCUUCUUGCCAGGAGGCUAUUUCUGGACCCUCUAUUCUCCCUUGCCCACCUUCAGACACUUGAGCGGGUCCCAUGGCUACCUCCCCUUCCCCAGCCCCAGUUGGGGAACGCCUGCUGGAGGCUUCUGCUGGUCGUCCCUUCUGAGGUCGUCUAACGGGAAGGUGGUCUUCAAAGGCUUGGCAUGACCUCAGCUUCCUUUCUUGACUCUCUGACCUUAUGUGCACAAAUUCCUAGCACAAAUCCAACCGGAGCAGACUCCCCUCCCCACCCCCCCACCUCCACCCCCACCCCGUUCUGCCUUCCUGCAGACAAGGGGGUGGGCGUCUUUGUGAAGACACUGAUUGAGGUCCGUAGGUGGCCACCGGCUGAAUCAAGGCAUGUCCCAGAGAAGAUGCUGUUUCCCCUCCCCCCAACACCCCUCUGUAGAGCUCAGGAGCCAAAUAUGGGGUGGGACUGCCUGUCUGAGCAUAAGCCUGCUUUUUUUUUUUUUUUCACACACCCAAUUCACACCAUUUGAAUUUGGGAAAGAGGAGGAGAAGGUUGCGAGAAGAACCGAGAUGGCUGAGAUCAAAGCAAGGCUUGGCCCUCAACCCAUCAAAGUGACCAAUGGGGCCUGGGUCAAAGGCUUGCAGCCUCCAUACAGUGUUCAAAGAGACUAUUAAUGGUCCAGAUGUUGGACUCACCUUGUGCCCACCACUGCACACAAACACACAUACAUACACACACACACACCAUCCUCCUCUAGGUUUAAAGGCGAAGAUGGAAGUGAUGGCUUCGUUCCUUGGAGAUGCACGGAGAUGGGAGGGAAGGGAAGGGAAAGAAAAGGUAAGUCAACUCUUCAGAGGUCACCUCCUAGCCAUAGUCAACAAGUGUUUGACCCAGCCUCCAUUGGUCAUUUGGAAGGGUUGAGGGUGAAGUUCUCUGAACGGCCUUGCUUCAAUUGUGGCCAUCUCAGUUCUUCUGGCGACGUUCUCCCCCCCUCCCGUUUCCCAAAGCCCCCCCCCCUCCGAGGAGGUCAUCAAUCCAAUUUAGAAGCACAUCCGGCAGAAAGGAACCUUCGCACUUCCUCCUGUUGCCCUCCACACCUUGGAGGUGAGGUGGGAGGCACAACUUCCCAGGGGUUCUGCGGAGGUGCCAGCGUGAGGUGUGAGUGUUCUCACAACUGUUGUUGACGCUGGUGCUGCUGCACAGGAAGAGAGGGUGUGUGUGUGUGUGUGUGUGUGUGUGUGUGUGUGUGUGGAGGGGGGGAGUGAGUAGGAAAUCCUUGGAAGGGAGCAGAUAAUAGUCCACUAUGUCAACCUCCCUCCACAAUCCCAAAUCUUACUGGGAGAAGUGGGGGCGUCCUAUAGGGAGGGGAGCUGAGCGUUAAGACACUUUGAGGGCCCGCACAAAGAUGGAAGGAGAAAAGGAGAAGGGGUCUACAUUUGUUGGACCUCCGAACCAUUCCUCAAAGCGGGAUUAGCUACGAUCCAACAGGCUGUCUCUCUGGUCUCUUGUAGGACCUGUGUGGGUGGCUGUUUUUAAAUUGUCCCGUGGGAUCAUUUUCCUUCAGGAAAGUUGCAUUCCUCCCCAGCCCUCCAUUAGUGCCUUCUACACACAAUGGCUUCCAGCAGGAUCCCCUGUGGAUCCCCGUGGCUUAAUACGGUUACUCCCACGUGGCCCUGCAGAUAGCACCCCCUAAGUGCCUUCAACUCAGUUCAGGAGGAGCUCUCGGUCUAAUGGCGGCUUCAGGGGUUCCCAUACAGUUCUCUGGGUUUGGGUUUCCCGUUUGGCCGUCCUAAUAAGGGCGCAGCCAAGUUUGGGGUAACUUCUGCCUCCCUUCUGAUGAUCUUUCCCUGCAAUGGAACGGACAGAGGGCUCUCCAGGGUCUUGUGAACAGCCCGGAUACUUCAAAUCUCUCUCCAGCCUGGAGAGGAAUUGAGGCUAUCUUUUGAGAAACGGAUAGGCUUAUGAUUCCAAAAAGCUCAUUUAUCCUGGCUAAGCCACACGGGGUGGGGGGAGGUUUUCUUGGUGGUGAUGGGUGGGUGGGUGAGUGGGUCUGUCUCGAGUUUUGGCAGGUGCCAGAAAACAAAACAAAAUAAGACAAAACCAAAUCCAGAGGGUGUCAUCCCCUGACUGGGCAGCAGAGGGCGCUUUGAUCUGGGAUUAUCAGUUUCAAACAGCUGUGGCUAUGGGCCCAAUCAGCUGCUUUUGUGCGGGGCCAGCCCUACCCUGGCCCAUUUUUCUCUAUGAUCACGCGGCUUCCUUCUGUAAAGGUAAUUUCUGCCUGCUUUUCAGCAUUAAAUACUUUAAUCCUC